GUGAUCACGUAACAUUGACAUAUCUAGGCAUUCACGUUGUCAGAAUGGGUUAUCAUUACAAUCGUCUUGUCUUAACAACGAGCUCUUUCUGACAUUCACAAUUCGUUCAGUAGUAUGCUAGCUAGUUAUAAACGUCACUUGGGAAUGUAAAUUCUCUCAAACGUCCUUGUUAUUUUUACAUUUGUGUAGGUAGCGAGUAAGCAACCUCGAAAACCCCCUGUGUUCGGAAACAAUGUUGGCGUGCAACCGACUAGUGAAUGUCAUAAAGCACACAAGGAUUCGUAUAGUAUCCAGGCAUGUCACGACCUCGUGGUCUCCAGUUGGAGCAGCAUUUAAUGCAAGACAACACAGGAGACUAGACUUAUUUGAGAGAAAUGUGGGCUUAUUUGGGGUACCAGAGCUUAGUACCCCAGCAGGGUUCGAGAUUGUCGAGAGCAGAGCCCUAAAGGAGACGGAAAAGCUGGUGAAGACAGCAUGCAGCAGCUCUCCUGGAGCUCUCACCGUGGAGACCUUCGACCAGCUCUCUGACAACUUGUGUAAAGUGGCUGACCUGGCCGAUUUCAUCAAAGUAGCACACCCUGAUCCCGCAUUCCGAGAAGCAGCCGAGAGGACAUGCAUCAGUAUUGGAACUGUGGUGGAAAAGCUGAACACGAAUGUCGAGCUGUGUAAGAGUCUAAAAAAUCUACUGGAUAAUAAAGAUGUUUUGGACACCUUGGACCCAGAGACAAGGAGAGUGGCAGAACUAUUCAUGUUUGAUUUUGAGAUUAGUGGAAUUCAUCUGGAUGAAAAAAAGCGAAGGCAGGCCGUCAUCUUCAAUGUCAAACUCCUGGACCUGAACAAUGAAUUCCUUAUGGGCUCUCACAUGCCAAACAAAAUCGAGAAACGGGCUGUGCCUGAACACAUUCGUCACUGCUUCUCCAUUGAUGGAAACUGUAUACAGAUUGGUGGCCUGCAUGCCGACUCGCCUAAUGAUCUGGUGCGAGAAGCUGCUUACAAGAUUUUUCUUUAUCCCAAUCCAAAUCUUUUGCAUUGUCUUGAAGAGCUUUUGGCUUGCAGGAACAAGCUAGCUAAACUGGUGGGCUAUGAGUCAUUUGCACACAGAGCUUUGAAAGGGACAAUGGCUAAAACUCCAGAGACUGUGAUGAAAUUCCUCAAACUACUGACACACAAACUCUCUGACAGAACAGCAAAAGACUUCCAAAUGAUGAGGGACAUGAAGAGGAAAGUAAAUCAGAGAAAUUCUGAGCUUAUGCCCUGGGAUCAUCCUUACUUUAGUGGGGCCAUGCGUGCUGAAAGAUACAACAUCGAGCCCAGUCGGUAUAGCCCGUACUUCUCCCUGGGGGCCUGCAUGGAGGGCCUCAACACCCUCUUCACACGGCUGCUGGGUGUUUCUUUCCAGGCAGAACAGCCCAAGGCGGGAGAGGUGUGGAGUGAGGAUGUCCGCAAGCUGGCAGUGGUUCAUGAGACUGAGGGGCUUCUGGGAUACAUCUACUGUGACUUCUUCCAUAGGCCUGAUAAACCACACCAGGACUGCCACUUCACCAUCCGUGGGGGGCGCCUGAAGGAGAACGGCGAGUACCAGCUCCCUGUGGUGGUGCUCAUGCUUAGCCUUCCACACCCCACCAAAAACACCCCCACGCUGCUCACACCUGGCAUGAUGGAGAACCUCUUCCAUGAGAUGGGACAUGCCAUGCAUUCAAUGAUGGGCCGAACACGCUACCAGCAUGUGACAGGAACCCGGUGCUCCACUGAUUUUGCUGAAGUUCCAUCGAUUCUCAUGGAGUACUUUGCUACAGAUUACCGGGUGGUGAAUCAGUUUGCACGACAUUAUCAGACGGGAGAGCCCCUGCCCAAAAGCAUGUUGUCUGGCCUGCGUGAGUCCAAACUGGUCUGUGGUGCUGCAGACACUCAACUUCAGGUUUUCUACGCUGCUCUGGACCAGGUUUAUCAUGGCAAGCCCCGAAAUCAAUCCACAACUGAAAUUCUUAGACAGACACAGGAGGAAUUCUAUGGAUUGCCCUAUGUUCCAAAAACAGCCUGGCAGCUGAGAUUCAGUCACCUCAUUGGGUAUGGUGCCAAAUACUACUCCUACCUCAUGUCCCGGGCGGUGGCCUCCAUGGUGUGGAGACAGUGCUUCCUCAAAGACCCCUUCAACAGGGAAAUGGGAGAGCGCUACCGCAGAGAGAUGCUGGCUCACGGUGGGAGCAAGGAGCCCAUGCUCAUGGUCAAAGGCAUGCUGCAGAAGUCUCCCACCGUUGAGGACUUCGUGGACGCCCUGGUGUCAGAUCUGAACCCCGACUUUGAGCCAUCUUAGUGGGCUCCGACAGCUAAGUGGAUGGAACUCCAAACGGAAACGGGUUUCUUUUUAAAAUUCUCCCAGUGCCCUGUCCUCUUCCACCACCUCCAUUCCUGCUCCUAUGGGACUAAACUUCAGUAACUACUGAAAAAGCCAGUAAAUGGAGCUGAUCAUAGCAGACUGUGAAAUAAACACCAUGGAUCACUCGAUGGAACACUGCUCCAUAAAAUUUAUCAUUCUUUUGCUCUCUUGUACCUCCACAGGGGGCCUUGUACAGUGUGUUGUUACCUUAUGGCAGAUAAUGGAUAUCUGUAAAGGAAUUUUCCCUCUGAAACCUCUUGCACUGUGCUGUGAUAUGUUUUUAUUAGUCACCAGUGUCCGUUAUGCAAGGUCUUGUAAGGUUUGAUGCUUGAUGUGUAAAAAUUCUUUAUCCUUACUGCACUACAGUGUUCAGUAUUUACAUCUUGAAUUUAGCAGACAAACAUGUUUUGCCAUUGCUUGUGGGCGACCUUCCUUUGUUUCAAGUCACCUGUUUCUGGAUGUGAAAAGGUCAUGAUUUGCACAUCAAUGUCAUUCCAGGUUCAGUACCAUGGGAGGGGAUGAGAAGUCUGUUCUUUCUGUCACCGUGCCAGUGUUUUGACAGAGAGGGGAAAAAUGGCUCC